ACUGCUCCGCCCACAACCGUAAUGCUUUCCAGAGGGUAGCAUCACCGGGGGCAAUCUACCUGCCCUCCAGGACACCUACACCACCCGAUGUCACAGGAAGCCCAAAAAGAUCAUCAAGGACAACAACCACCUGAGCCACUGCCUGUUCACCCACUAUCAUCCAGAAAGCGAGACACCCACCAGUUGGCAGACAGAACUCAUGAGCUGCAGGAACGGGAGGAUGAGUGGAGAAUGCAUCCUGGCAAUUGUCGAAUGAAUAGAGGUGGUGGACUCGAUGGUAUCGGUGGUGGAGACGAAUCCGUAUUUGGGGCGAUCACGCUAGAGGAUCUGGAAUCUUUUUCGGAAGACCAGAUGUCAGAUUCGGGCAAUGGAAGUCUGGAAGAGGAGAGUGAGACGAUGGAGGACGAAGGGCAGCAAGACCGAUUGCUGCGCUACUGGCAGGACGCUGCUCGAGGACACCAAGUCGAAGUGCCUCAAGACAUGGCCGAGCCCAUCCAGCAGAUCACCAGCAACAACAAUGGACAACACGACCGGGAGCGUGUGCCCUUCACCCUCAUCACUCAUAAGGAGAAGUGUGGGGACGUGCUUUAUGAGAAACGCCACUAUGAGAAGGCCCACUGGGCGUGCAUCACGGUUCACGAGGACACCUACGAGCAGAGUAUCUGUUACGGUUUCAUGAAGCUCAUGAGAUACAUCUGCCAGCAGAACUCCUCAGGUACCUAUCUGGGUAUGACCAUCCCUAUCCUGACGGUGAUCCGCACGGACGAGAACCACUCUGUCUUGUCCAGUGACGUCACUGUGGCCUACUACCUGCCCACAGAAUACCAAGCCCAGCCACCCCAGCCUUCUGACACUGAAAUAAGCAUUGAGGAAUGGCCUGCCACUACUGUAUACACAAGGGCCUUCGCUGGUGCUACGAACGAGGUGACCAUCAUCAACGAGAUCCGCACCAUGGCGGAAGUGCUCGACUCCCCCGCCAUAUGCGUGAAUGGCUCAUUCAUUGUCGCCGGCUACACAAACCCCGCGGCGGUAAACCGACAGAAUGAGAUUUGGUUCCUGGAGCAGCCUUGAGGGCCAGCCUGACCUUGACCUCUCCUCCUGAACUUGACCCACCCUACACUCCGUCCUUACCUGACCCUACAGAUUCACCCCUAAUGGAAACCCCUUCCUAUUUUAGAAAGAGAAGAGACUUUGGGACUUUGCUGAAAAAGGUCCUUAUUACCAGUUCUGAGCAAGGCUGCAUCAUUUGGGUCCAUUAAUCCUCUAGAGUCUAAACCUGGAAGGGGGUGGGGUUCUACUAAGCUGCCAUAUGGAAUUGUUUUAAGACAGUCAUACAAAGGAUCACUUAGAUAUUCGAUUUUAGGACCCAAAAAUUUAAAAUUAUUUGAUGAAACAUUGAAUUUGGCCUUACUGCUAUUAGCCCAUAAACACAUUGAAUUACAGAUUCAUACAGGUAAAAACAUCUCCUGGAAGUUUGUUUUGAAGUGUCUUAUAUCUGAGAGAUGAGAUCUGGAAACUAGAGGUCAACCGAUUAUGAUUUUUCAACGCCGAUCCCGAUUUUUGGAGAACAAAAAAAAAACGAUUAAUCGGCCGAUUUUUAAAAUGUAUUCGUAAUAAUGACAAUUACAACAAUACUGAACGAACACUUAUUUUAACUUAAUAUAAUACAUCAAAAUCAAUUUAGCCUCAAAUAAAUAAUGAAACAUGUUCAAUUUGGUUUAAAUAAUGCAAAAACAAAGUGUUGGAGAAGUAAAAAUGCAGUCUGUGCCAUGUAAGAAAGCUAACGUUUGAGUUCCUUGCUCAGAACAUAUGAAAGCUGGUGGUUCUUUUAACAUGAGUCUUCAAUAUUCCCAGGUAAGAAGUUUUAGGUUGUAGUUAUUAUAGGACUAUUUCUCUCUAUACCAUUUGUAUUUCAUAUACCUUUGACUAUUGGAUGUUCUUAUAGGCACUUUAGUAUUGCCAGUGUAACAGUAUAGCUUCUGUCCCUCUCCUCGCUCCUACCUGGGCUCGAACCAGGAACACAACGACAACAGCUACCCUCGAAGCAGCGUUACCUAUGCAGAGCAAGGGGAACAACUACUCCAAGUCUCAGAGCGAGUAACGUUCAAAACGCUAUUAGCGCUCACCCCGCUAACUAGCUAUCCAUUUCACAUCACAUCGUUACACCAGCCUAAUCUUGGGAGUUGAUAGGCUUGAAUUCAUAAACAGCAGAGCUGCUGGCAAAACGCACAGAAGUGCUGUUUGAAUGAAUGCUUAUGAGCCUGCUGGUGCCUACCACCGCUCAGUCAGACUGCUCUAUCAAAUCAUAGACUUAAUUAUAACAUAAUAACACACAGAAAUACAAGCCGUAGUUCAUGAAUAUGGUCAAAUCCGGAAACGAUCAUCUCGAAAACAAAAAAAAUAUUAUUUCAGUGAAAUAUGGAACAGUUCCGUAUUUUAUCUAACGGGUGGCAUCCAUCAGUCUAAAUAUUCCUGUUACAUUGCACAACAUUCAAUGUUAUGUCAUAAUUACGUGCAAAUUAGUUCGCAAUGAGCCAGGCGGCCCAAACUGUUGCAUAUACCCUGACUCUGCGUGCAAUGAACGCAAGAGAAGUGACACAAUUUCACCUGGUUAACAUUGCCUGCUAACCUGGAUUUCUUUUAGCUAAAUAUGCAGGUUUAAAAAUAUAUACUUCUGUGUAUUGAUUUUAAGAAAGGCAUUGAUGUUUAUGGUUAGGUACACAUUGGAGCAACGAGUCCUUUUUCGCGAAUGCGCACUGCAUCGAUUAUAUGCAACGCAGGACACGCUAGAUAAACUAGUAAUAUCAUCAACCAUGUGUAGUUAUAACUAGUUAUUAUGAUUGAUUAAGUUUAAUGCUAGCUAGCAACUUACCUUAGCUUCUUACUGCAAUAGCGUAACAGGUGGGCUCCUCGAGAGGCAGGUGUUAAGAGCUUUGGACUAGUUAACCAUAAGGUUGCAAGAUUGAAUCCCUGCGCUGACAAGGUAAAAAUCUGUCGUUCUGCCCCUGAACAAGGCAGUUAACCCACCGUUCCUAGGCAGUCAUUGAAAAUAAGAAUGUGUUAACUGACUUGCAUAGUUAAAUGAAGGUUAAAGGUGUGAAAAAAUAUAUAAAACAUUUUUAAAAAUCGGUGUCCAAAUUUACAGAUUUCCGAUUGUUAUGAAAACUUGAAAUCGGCCAUUCCGAUUAAUCGGUCGACCCAUUUAACCCCUUUUUUUAGGCACUAAACUACUUCCAUACACACGUGUACAAAACAUUAAGAACACCUUCCUAAUAUUGAGUUGCACCGCGCAUUUUGCCCUCAAAUGCCUCAAUUCGUCGGGACAUGGACUCUACAAGGAGUCGAAAGCGUUCCACAGGGAUGCUGGCCCAUGUUGACUCCAAUGCUUCCCACAGUUGUGCGAAGUUGGCAGAUGUCCUUUGGAUGGUGGACCAUUAUUGAUACACACAGGAAACUGUUGAGCGUGAAAAAACCCAGCAGGUUGUAGUUCCUGACACAAACCGGUGCGCCUGGCACCUACUACUAUACCCCUUUCAAAGGCACUUAAAUCUUUUGUCUUGCCCAUUCAACCUCAAUGGCACACAUACACAAUCCCAGUGGUGAAAAAGUACCCAAUUGUCAUGAGUAAAAGUAAAGAUACCUUAAUAGAAAAGGACUCAAGUAAAUGUGAGUCACUCAGUAAAAUCUUACUUAAGUCUAAAAGUAUUUGGUUUUAAAUAUCAAAAGUAGAAUGUAAUUGCUAAAAUAUGCUUUAAGUAUCAAAAGGGAGUAUAAAUAAUUUCAAAUUCCUUAUAUUAAGCAAACCAGAUGGCACCAUUUGUAUUUAUUGACGAAUAGCCAGGUGCACGCUCCAACAAUUUAUAAAUGAUGCAUGCAUUUAGUGAGUCCACAAUAUCAGAGGCGGUAGGGAUGACCAGCGAUGUUCUCUUGAUAAGUGUGGGAAUUAGACCAUUCAAAAUGUAACGAGUACUUUUGGGUGUCAGGGAAAAUGUAUGGCGUAAAAAGUACAUAACUACAUAUUAAGUAGUGAAGUAAAAGUUGUCAAAAAUAUGAAUAGUAAAGUACAGAUACCGCCAAAAAAAUACUUCACACCACUGCACAAUCCAUGUCUCAAAGCUUAAAUCCGUCUUUAGCAUGUCUACUCCCCUUCAUCUACACUAAUUGAAAUGGAUUUAACAAGUGACAUCAAUAAGUGAUCAUAGCUUUCACCUCGAUUUACUUGGUCAGUCUGUCAUGAAAAGAGCAUGUGUCCUAAAAUGUUUUGUAUACUAUAUUUAACCUCCAUUCAUUUUUCGCGCAAAACCAUUGACGUGUUUGAGUCUCACCUUAGAGGGGUCAUAGUUUGUAGGCCAAACACUAGACCGCGAGAAGACCGAUAUUUUUUUUUAAAUAAAAUUGAAUUAUUAUUUUUUUCUGGGGAGGGGGGUGUCUCAUGAUCUGACAAACACCGCUGUAGCUCUGUCACUUUUCACCGCUGCUGUGGAAGGCCGAUUUUGACGGAUGCGGUGGAUUGAGACACAGCCCAAGCAAAAAUAUAUUUCUAGCUUAAUUUUUAUGGUGGAUUAAAAAAUAAAUGCUAAUUAGAUUAGUGGGGCCGCAGAAACUGACUCAAGGAUUAACACCUUUUUGAUAGGCCAACUACUGAUUUUACUCUGCACCUCUGUUCUCCUCAUAGUCUUGACCUCCUCCGAAAGGUGAGGAGCCAAGUGACGUUUACUUGAAAUUUUGUGAAAAGUGGGUGGAUAUGUAAUUCUUGCACCAGUCACUGUAAACCUCAGAGAACUUGAAUCUUUACCAAGCAAUUAACAAACCUGAACGAUGACACCUAUUCCUGUCAGCGUUAGGUGUGUGGGUGGGGGGAACCUAAUUGCAAUCUUCACCAUGAUAACUACCAACUUUAGACAAUUUAAUGCGAUAGGAGGGUGGAUUUAUUAGCAGUGAAGAAAUGUAUGUAAAGCAGGCCAUUUUAUUUCUGUCAAGGACACACUGAAGAUGCAUCAUAACGACAUAUAGACAAACACAGAACUGUAUAAACAUGUAUUGAAACGGCCAACAGUCAAUCCAGAUUUUCAUAUCGUCAAACAGUCCUUCUCUCAUCCUGGGAUUUAUGGUAUUACCGCCACAGUACACAAGGGGGCACUAAAACAAUGCCCAUUGUACAUCUAUUACCACAAGGCUAACAAAAUUAGCACAAACUAAUAGCGAAUUUCAAUAGCAGCUGCUAGCUAAAUAUGCUAACGAGCGCAAAGACAGGCAAUCCAGCUAAAAGUUAAACAAGUAUAGGCAGUAGCUACCGAAUGUCUUUGUCAGUUUGGACAUUUACGAGCGAAUGUGAACAAGAGACAUUGUGCAAAUGAACAGUUUUGAAUGAAGCAUGCUUGUCAUAAGGGAGUGGUAUGUGUACAGCGGUAUCUAUGUGGAGUCGCUAGGGCAAUGGGUCUGCCUGCCUCGCUCAGAUAAAUAGGGGGCAGGAGUAGACUGACCGAGAAGGUAAAAAAUAAAUGCAAGGAAAUCAAAAUACCCAUCCAAAGCGCUUUGACUUCUCAAACACGGCAGAAAGCUAGCACUAUAUGAUGCCCUGCCGAUUCACUUACUUAGCUAACUAACAAGAUAAACCAAAUGCACAGCUGGACUCACAAGCACUAGCUUUCUCCCAUUGUGCUACUUACAAACAAAAAUGAUUAGCUCAACUGUUCUGGGGAACUACGGUUAAGCUUCAUAAUGUGACCGGUGAAAUUAAGAACAUAACCUGCUUUAUCUCCUAAGUUGACUGCAGGUACAAAUAUUCAAUAAAUAGUUUUGACAGUAUUGAAAAACCAUCGUGGCUUUUUCCAAAUACCCCGCUAUACUGCCAAAGCACUGUGAGAAAGAGGAAAAAAAGCAUUACUACAAACCAAAAUCACUGACCUUUGCUGUAUGACAAUCAAGCAUGCUAUCUGUUGCAUACUACAUUUCUCUAUGAUCAGCGUCAACGCAUUCCUCAUUCUUAAAGCCGGGGUUCCUUCUGCCAUUAAUCCUUGGGAGGGUUUCCUAAAUGUUUUUUCAGGUUGCCUAAGUCCAAACAAUGAAAAAUAUUCUUUGGGCUGAUAACUUUUUGGGCGAUGGAAAAAUGAUUUCAGUGUAAACUUAAACUACUAAAUAAAACUAGAUAAUGAACCUAUAUUUUAUUUUUUAUUUUUGAGAACUAACAAUCACCUAAAGGAAAUAAAUGUUUAAAUUCCAAAAACUAUUCAUUUAGCAGUAUAGAUUGUUUUAAAGCAUAGUAACACAUUAGCCAUGGCAAAAUGCAAUAGAACUGUAGGAAAUUAGCUUUAAAAAGGUAGACUCAGCUAAAUGACAUUGCCACGAGCAGCAGCGCAAAUAUUGAGAUGAGCAAGAUGCAAGACUUCGCUCUCAGUCAUACACAGUUAUCUGCACGGGUUCGCUUCACUCUUACAGCGUGGGCGCCACGGAACCAAAAGAGCGGAAAUGUACCCACUAUGCGGUUUACUUUCUGCAUCUACGUCAUAUCACUAAGUCUACCUUUAAAACUGCAAAAUUCUCUCCGCUACAUGGCAGGAUGUAGAAUUGCAGGAAAUGUGCUUUAAACUGCUAAAUUUCUCAGGUGCAUGGCAAAAUGUCUAGAAUAUCCGGAAAUCAGCUUAAAUGCAAAAUAAUCUGCUAGAUGGGGGGGGGGGGCUCUAAAAUUCUCUGGAAUUCAGCCACGCUGACGGCCUGACCGUUCCCCUGCUAUGCCUACCAACUAAGCCUCUUUUUGAUACAGAAAAACCCUGCUUAAAGACGAUGUUCAAACUACAAUACAAUAUUACUUCUUUCUGUCUCUUUACAUACGGUUCCAAUCCAGACAUUGCUUUGUGUCAACGUUUGUGCACGCUUCUCAUCAGCAGUGCCAGGUAACACAUAACAUUGAAAAGAGAGGAAAAGCAUAGAGCACUUAAAUAGAGCAACCUAUCGUGUAUACACACACUGUGUUUAGUAUUUUUAUUCUAAGUAAGAAAAGUUACGUUUUUUUUUUAGUUCACAGCAUUAUCGAAUACCCAAUUUAACAAAAAUCCAUUAACUCAAAAUAAGAUUUUAGGAGGUAUUUUCUAUCUUCACAAAUAUUUUGUAAUAAAACCAAUGACUAAGUGGAUUCAUUUAACGUCAAAGUGAU